CCUAUUUUCAGCAUGGACUUCACUGCCACGCUCUUGUUCUUUGCUCUUCUCAUUUCGUCCACCGAGGCUUUAGACCCAUGUGGUUCUCAGCCAGACAACUCGGACCUCUCGGUGAUUCCAAUCUACGGCAGAUGCUCUCCGUUCAACCCACCGAAACCCGAGUCAUGGGUCAACACAAUCAUCGACAUGGCCUCAAAAGACCCAGAAAGGGUCAAGUACUUGUCCACCCUUGUUGCCCAAAAGACCACUGCAGUUCCAAUUGCUUCCGGUCAACAACUCCUGAGCAUUGGCAACUACGUGGUUAAGGUCAAGCUUGGCACCCCGGGUCAGACCAUGUUCAUGGUGCUCGACACUAGCAAUGAUGUUGCUUGGGCCCCAUGCACCGGCUGCACCGGUUGCACGCCCACCACUUUCUCACCCAAUGCUUCUUCGAGCUAUGGCUCGUUGGGUUGCUCCUUGCCCAAAUGCACCCAGGUCCAUGGGCUCUCGUGCCCGGCUACCGGGGCUGCUGCUUGCUCUUUUAACCAAUCCUACGGCGGAGAUUCUUCUUUCUCUGCCAACUUGGUUCAAGAUUCCUUAACAUUAGCCAAUGAUGUUGUCCCGAAUUUUGCUUUUGGAUGUAUUAAUACCAUCUCUGGUAAAUCUGUCCCACCACAAGGGCUAUUGGGUUUGGGCCGGGGACCCUUGUCAUUACUUUCGCAAUCCGGGCCACUCUACUCGAGUGUGUUUUCGUAUUGUUUACCCAGUUUCAAGUCCUACUACUUCUCAGGUUCCCUCAAACUCGGGCCCGUGGGUCAGCCCGAUAAUAUUCAGACUACCCCGCUAUUGAAAAACCCGCAUCGACCCUCACUUUACUAUGUUAACCUAACCGGGGUCAGUGUAGGCCAAGUUCAGGUCGCCAUCGCUCCGGAAUACCUAGCAUUCAACCCGAAUACCGGGGCGGGGACAAUUAUCGAUUCGGGUACGGUUGUAACCCGAUUCGUCCAACCCGUUUACGAGGCAAUCCGUAAUGAGUUUGUGAAGCAAGUGAAAGGCCCAUUUACGAUAAUAGGAGUAUUCGAGACAUGCUUUGACGCAUCAGCAGAAGUUGAGGCUCCAUUAAUAACAUUACAUUUCCAAGGCUUGUCCGUGAAACUGCCAAUGGAGAACACCUUCUUACAUACUAGUGCAGGGUCACGUGCUUGCUUGGCAAUAGCACCGGUUCCAAAUAAUGUGAACUCCGCCAUGAACGUCAUAGCCAAUUUGCAGCAGCAAAACCAUAGGAUUCUGUUUGAUGUCGCCAAUUCUCGCUUGGGAAUUGCUCGCGAAGCUUGUAACUAGUUUCAUUUACUCUUGCUCUUUGUUUGCCUUCUUCUCGUUUAGGCCAAGUUUCUAGCUUUAUGCAACGUGAAAAAAAUUGGUUUUGAAGUCCAAUAAACAGGACGAAAACCCUUUGUCUUGGUGAUUAUGUAAUAAUAUCAUUAAGAUUUCGUCU